CUUGAAAACGAAGUACGGGAAAUUAUAGACUUCCAUCUCGAAUUGCACAGAAACAGGGUGAGGCCAGCCUUGAAUCGAAGCGACGUGAGGUUUUUCGAUUCUUUCUAUCAAGGAAUUGAAAAAGUGGACGACUUCGACAGGAAUCGUUUAAAAAUUGUAUUGUCAUUAUCAAUAGAUGGUUUCGUACCAAAGAGGCUCACAAGACGUGAAGUAUGGCCUAUCUACCUAAGGGUAGAUAACCUACCCAAAGCAGUUGCUGACAAUUAUUACAAUUCUAUUCUUUGUGGCGUCUAUUUCUCUUUUUCCAAGCCUUCUUCGAAAAUGCUUGAAGCGCUCUUCAGCAGACUGGAGUCGGAGAUAAGAAGUCUGCGGAUUGAACCUCUAAUGAUUGAGGUUGACGGCGUAAACUGGGUUUUGAAUGUCGAAAUACAGCGAGGAAUAGCUGAUAUGGGGGCACAAAAGGCGCUGUUUGGUCUCCCUCAUUGGGAAUCACCGCAAGGGUGC